AUGUCAAUGCUGAAAAGGUCAGGUCCUCCAUGCGCCUUUUGCUUGGAGUGGGACCCAUCAGCCAGAUCCAUCACAGUUGGGCUUUCUUAUGGAUCUCUUUCAAUUAUCUGCCUAGAAGAGUCAAAACUAGAAAUUCGGCAAGAAUGGAAAGCACUUGGUUUCGAGCUGUGGGCCACUUCAUUUGACAUUCAUCAACCUUAUUUGGUGUACACUGGCUCAGAGAGCCCUAUUGAUCCUAAUACUGUACUUACUGGUGGUUAUGAUGAGCAUAUGAGGGCGUGGGAUGUAGGGUCAAUCUCAAAACCAGUCAAUGGAACUUUAGUUUGUUUAGUCGGAGGAGUUUGGAGAAUCAAGCAUCACCCUUUUGUACGAGACGUGGUCUUGACGGUUGUAUGCACAAUGGAUUUGUGA